AUGAUCAAUCCAAAGCUAUUGAUGGUGACUGCAACAACAGCAUAUGUGUUUGUAUUUUACACACUGGCUAUAAGACCAUUGUUUCAUAGUCCAACUGCAGCCGAAGAUGUCCUAAUUACCUUGUCUUCGAUUGUCUUGUUUAGUGCCCUCCUGAUCCACGCUAUUUUAGGGUUUGAAGAGGAAAAGACAAAGCAUAUGUAG